AUGGAGCUGAACAGUGAGUCUACUGUGCUCCAAGAAAAUGCCCUGGCGACAGGAGGUUCGGCAGCCUUCCCAGGAACGUGGCAUACGGACGAUUGGAAGGUCCAUCAUCGAGGUGACCAGCCGAGUGGGUUGGGUCGUCCGCAAACGCUUUGCAUAUUGACCCUGGCCCCACUGCCCAUACUAGCUAUCAACAAGUACGCUUUCGACCAUGGGCAGCAGGAUCGUUGUUUUGCCUCCCAUCUUGGCAUGAUCCUAGACAACGCAACAUCAGACCCAAAGGUCAAUUCAAUCGACGCCAUCGGAAACCUCGAUCUGGCUCUGGCUCCACAUUUGCGACAAUUAGGCGUGCCGCAUGAGUUCUUCGAGCCAUCGUCCAACAUGUUUGUGGCGGCGAGUCUCCUCCUGGCGGGAAUGCUCACGUCGGUGCCGCACCAUGUCAUGGACCAUUACCCGAACCUUCGCCAGCGCAUCGUUUUGGGCAAUAUCCUAGCUGCUAUUUUGCUGGGCUUGACGUUGAAGAUGUCUUUCGUGGCCACGUUCAUGUACUUGAUUCCGUGGGCGGCAUACUCUGGGACCGUGAUUUCGGAGUCUGUGUUCGCCUGCCUGUGA